ACUUGUUGUUUGUGUGUGCGUGUGUUAAAUAAAGCGUUUCUCGUGAAAAUAAAUUUUGUUUGUUUCCAAAUAAAGAAGAUUUUUUUUUUAUUAAAUAUCAUGUACAAGUGAAUUAAAAGUGUUCAUUAUGUUUAUAAAACAGGUUAUUAUUCAGGGUUUCAAAUCCUAUAGGGAACAAACGGUCGUUGAACCUUUUGAUCCAAGACACAAUGUUGUUGUUGGUAGAAAUGGUUCAGGGAAAAGUAAUUUUUUCUACGCAAUUCAAUUUGUAUUGAGCGAUGAAUUUUCACAUCUUCGACCAGAGCAAAGACAAGCUCUAUUACACGAGGGUACUGGUCCCCGUGUUAUUUCCGCUCAUGUGGAAAUUAUUUUCGACAAUACGGAUGGACGACUUCCGAUCGACAAAAAUGAAGUUUAUUUACGUCGUGUAAUUGGCUCGAAAAAGGAUCAAUAUUUUUUGAAUAAAAAAAUUGUUACCAGAAGCGAUGUAAUGAAUUUAUUGGAAUCAGCCGGAUUUUCCCGUUCAAAUCCAUAUUAUAUUGUUAAACAGGGAAAAAUUAACCAAAUGGCCACAGCUCCCGAUUCGCAGAGACUGAAACUUUUGAGAGAGGUCGCAGGAACAAGAGUUUACGAUGAUCGACGUGAAGAAUCAAAAUCAAUUUUAAAAGAGACUGAGGGGAAAGUUGAAAAAAUCGAAGAUUUUUUACGAACAAUCGAGGAACGUUUAAAAACAUUGGAAGAGGAGAAAGAAGAAUUGAAAGAAUAUCAACGUUGGGAUAAGCAACGUCGAUGUUUGGAAUAUACAAUUCAUGAGCGUGAAUUAAAGGAAAAUAAACGAAAGCUCGAUGAAUUGGAGACAUCGCGUGCAAAUAGCGGUGCCGAGCAGGCGAAACUUUGUUCGGAUGCAAAAAAUUCUCAGGAACAAGUUCGCGCUGCUACAAAACGUUUGAAGGAAGCUAAAAAAGAGGUUCAAUCCGCAAAAGAAGAACGCGACACUCUCAGUGCCGAGCAACAGCAACUUUUAAAAGAAAAGACAAAAUUGACAUUGACAAUUAAUGAUUUAUUGGAAGAGGUAAAGGGUGAUAAUGACAGUCGUAAGAGAGCGCAACAAGAAUUGGAAAAACUCAAAGCGAACAUUGCCGAGAGAGAAAAGGAACUUGAAUCAAUUAAACCGGAGUACGAAGAAAUGAAACGCGUUGAGGAAGAAUGCACUAGAGAAUUGGCAUUAAAAGAACAAAAAAGAAAAGAAUUGUACGCAAAACAAGGAAGAGGUUCUCAAUUUACCAGCAAGGAUGAAAGAGAUAAAUGGAUACAAAAUGAAUUGAAACAAUUGACAAAGCAAAUUAAGGAUAAAGAGGAACAUCAGAAAAAAAUAAGUGAAGAUUUGAAAAAAGACGCGGAAAAGCAAGUGAUGCUGGAGAAAAAAAUUGAAGACUACACACGGGAAAUGGAGCAACAGAGAAAAUCAAUUGACGAUCAUAAUAAACAAUAUUAUGAUCUUACAAAAGCAAAAGAUCAAUGCCAAGCGACACGAAAGGAACAAUAUCGUCAAGAAAGUGUUCUUCAAUUAAAUUUAUCCGGUUUAAAGGAGGAUUUAGCUAAAGCCGAUCAAAGUUUACGAUCAAUGGCGGGAAAACCAAUUUUAAACGGAAGGGAUAGUGUUCGUAAAGUUCUCGAUACAUUCAGACAAAGACCCGAUAUGGCGCACGAGGUGAGUUCAUAUUAUGGACCAGUUAUUGAAAAUUUCGAUUGCGAUAAAAGUGUUUACAUGGCUGUGGAAGUAACAGCUGGUAAUCGUUUAUUUCAUCAUAUUGUCGAAUCAGAUAAAUUUGGAACAAAAAUUCUCAAGGAAAUGAAUAAUCAACGAUUACCCGGUGAAGUGACAUUUAUGCCUUUAAAUCGUUUACACGUGAAAAUUCAAGAUUAUCCAAAAACAAGUGACGCUAUUCCAAUGAUAUCGCGAUUAAAUUACGAUCAAAAAUACGAUAAAGCUUUAAGAUAUAUUUUUGGAAAAACGCUAAUUUGCCGUAAUUUGGAAGCGGCAACGAGUUUAGCGCGUACUUCAGGUUUAGAUUGUGUUACAUUGGAGGGCGAUCAAGUAUCAUCGAAGGGUUCAUUGACGGGUGGAUAUUUUAAUACAUUAAGAUCACGUCUUGAAAUUCAAAAAACACGAUCGGAAUUGAUGACACAAAUUAAUGCACUAGAAACACAAUUGACGACUCUUAAGGAUGAAAUUAGAAAAGCCGAUCAAAGUAUCAGCUCCUAUGUGAGUGAAAUGCAAAGAACCGAGACGAAGAACAGCAAAGCCAAAGACAUUUAUGACAAAAUGAAGGCUGAAAUUAGAAUGAUGAAAGAGGAAUUAAGCGCAAUUGAAAGGUAUCGUACGCCAAAGGAAAGAAGUUUAGCUCAAUGUACAUCGAGUUUGGAGGCGAUGCGCGCAACAAAAGAAGGUUUAGAGAGUGAAUUACAUCAGGAAUUAAUGGCACAAUUAUCGCACGCUGAUCAACAUCAAGUUGAUACAUUAAAUGAUGAUAUAAGACGAUUGACACGUGAAAAUAAAGAGGCAUUCGCAAAAAGAAUGCGUCUUGAGGCGGAGAAAAAUAAAUUGGAAAAUUUAUUAACAAAUAAUUUAGUACGUCGUCAUGAUGAACUUGUUCAAGCACUGCAGGAGAUUUCAGUACAAGAUCGUCAACGGCAAUUGGAUUCAUGUAAGGCACAACUUGCUGAUAUUGAAAAAAGAUUGGUUAAAGUGAAUGCUGAUUUUAAAUCACAAAAUGAAAAAGUUACGAGUGCAAUGAAAAAGCAAAAAGUUGAAGCGUCUGAAGUGGAAAAAUGGAAAGUUAAAGAAAAAGAAGCGCAAGAAAAAAUUGAAGCCGAUGCAAAAGAUUUGGAAAAAUUGGCAAGUAAAGCAAAUAUUUUACAGCAAAAAAUUUCUGAAUGUACACAAAAAAUUACUGAACUCGGUGCAUUGCCAAGUCAUGAGGCUUAUUCAAAAUUCAGUUCAAUGUCGACAAAACAAUUAUUUCGCGAAAUGGAAAAGGCGAAUAAUCAUCUCAAGAAAUAUAGCCAUGUGAAUAAAAAGGCGUUGGAUCAAUUUAUGUCGUUCAGCGAUCAAAAGGAGAAACUUGUGAAACGAAAAGAGGAACUCGAUCGUGGUGAUGAGAAAAUAAAGGAACUUAUGUUUGUUCUUGAACAGAGAAAAUGUGAGGCAAUUCAAUUUACUUUUAAACAAGUGAGUAAAUAUUUUAGUGAAGUUUUUAAAAAAUUGGUACCAUCGGGUCAUGCACAAUUGGUUAUGAAAACUGCCGAUGGAGAAGAAGGCGAUGAUGCAUCACAGGAAGUUGCGGAUUCUGAUCGUUUUAUUGGCGUUGGAAUUCGUGUUUCCUUCACCGGACAUAAAGCUGAAAUGAGGGAAAUGAAUCAAUUGUCCGGUGGACAAAAAUCACUCGUUGCAUUGGCAUUAAUUUUUGCUAUUCAAAAAUGUGAUCCCGCACCAUUUUAUCUUUUUGACGAAAUUGAUCAGGCAUUAGACGCGCAACAUAGAAAAGCCGUUGCCGAUAUGAUUCAUGAACUUAGUUCAGACGCACAAUUUAUUACAACUACAUUCAGGCCCGAAUUACUACAACAUGCAAAUAAAUUUUAUGGUGUAAAAUUCCGAAAUAAAGUAUCACACGUGGAAUGUGUGACUAGAGAAGAAGCUGCCGACUUUGUGGAAGAUGACACGACUCAUGGAUAAAUUUAUUCUUUUUUACUUAUAAAAAUUUUCUUAAAAAAAGCGUCGAAAUAAGAGAAAAAUUCAUUAAGCAAAAAAAAAAAAAAAAAAAAAAAUGACGAAUGGAACAAAAAAAUUCCAGAGUUAAAUUUAUUUUGAGAACAGGAAUUAUUAGAUUCAAUAUAAAUUAACUUUUUUACGAGUUAAUCUAGGGCUAUUGAGAAUAAUGAAAAAAAAAUAUACUAAGUUUGUAAUCCCGAGUUAAAAUUGUAAUAAUUGGUAUUUUAAUUGAGGUUGAAAAAAAGGGGAUAAAUACUUUUACGUAUAUAAUACAUGAAAUUUGUUUUCAUUAUA